AUGCCGAAAAAAACAAAUUUAGAAUUUGAGUCUACAUCACAUUCAAGUACAGAGUUAACUACAGAUGGAACAAAACAGUGUAGUGAAAAUACUCCAGCUACACAAGGUGAUAUAUUACACAUGAUAGAGCGAGCUGCUCAAUCUGGCUCACCUCAAGAAAUGCUUGAAUGUUUUAAUCAACUGAUACAUACAGAGAACAAAGUGAACCAAGAAAGUUUAGACCAAGGUCUGCUUUUGUCUUGUAGGUAUGGUAGAGAGUUUUUGGUAAAGAUUCUGAUAUUUCAUGGUGCAAAUAUUGAGACGAGAGACAAAGAUGGCAACACACCACUUUUGAUAUGUGCCGAGAAAAGUUUCACUGACAUAGCUCUGUUACUGGUUGAUAAAGGCGCUGAUAUCAACAGUUACAAUAAAGACGUUGUUGAAUUUAGGGGAAAUCACAAAGAAGUCAACGUUUCUAUUUUGCCAGAAUUGCUAAAGAAUAUACAGCAGAGUGGUCGAGAAAUAACUGAACAAAAUUUGAGUAUUAUUAAAGCUUUAUUAAAAGCUGGAGCCCCACUGAACUCUCAUUACAGAGGAAAUAAUCAGCCGUUGGUGGCAGCAGUAAAACUUGGCUCCUAUGAUUUAGUGGAAAUGUUCUGUCAACUUAAAGAUGUAAGCUCACGUAAAUAUUUGUGUUAUGGACAUUCUACUCCCUUAGCUUUAGCAGCAGAGAAGGGACGAUGUGACAUUAUAAACUUGUUAAUACAAAAUGGUAAAGCGGAGUGUGAUAAGAGUUCAGCAUUAGAAUCCUCCAUUAAGCAUGGACAAAUUGAUUGCGCAAAACUGCUCAUUAAAUACGGAGCUAAAAUUGAGAAAACCUUAAAAAAUAUUGUAAGAAACAAUCGAGUUGAAUCAUUUUUGUUUUUAAAAGAACAUUUCCCCAUGAAUGUAAUCAUGAUGAUUAAAAGCAAAGGGCCAGAGUUUCUUAACCUCGCAUUAUGUGAAGGACAUAAAGAGAUAAUCAAACUACUCGUACAAGGAGGAGCAGACCUUAAUGCAAGUUACGAUUGUAAAACACCGUUAAUGUCAGCUGUGGAUGUCAAUGUGAUGGAAUUUUUGAUUGAUAUUGGCGCAGACGUAAAUGCAAAAGUAGAUUAUUACGGAAAUUGUGUAUCAGUUCUAGAAUUUGUUUUAAAAGAAAGCGAAGUGGAAAGCGGGUUUGAUUAUUUAGUAAAAAAAAGUAAAGUUACUUUUACACCAUGGUGCAAGUGUUAA